UCCUGGGUGUCUGCGUCAAGGAGCUUCGCCCGGGCAGGUUCCUGGUCCUCUGCCUCAGGUGAGGAGGUGCGGGAGGAGAUUCUCUGGGAGCAAGGGCCGGAGACUCCUAAGAAGACCCUUGAACGUCGUUCUGAGUUGUAUAAAAAUGUACCGAGCCCAAAUACUGAAAUCUAAUGAAGUGAUAUUUUCCCGCUAAAAAGAACUGUUUCCCACCAGUUCGGGUUUAAACAUUCAUGCCACAUUGGGAACACAUGAAUAGAAGAAGAAAAUUUCUUCUUGCCUCAGUUCUUGCUCUUCAGAAUUCUAGUUUUAUAUAUCCUUCAUGUCAAAAGUGCCUCUCUCGGAUAAUCCUGGUCUCCAAAAGGUCUUAUUGUCCAAAAUGUGGCUCUACUGGUGAAGCUGAAAAUGCCAUUUACAGAUACAAGCUUUCCUUAAAAGUUGCAGAAUCAAACAAAUUAUUUGGCGUUACUGUAUUUGGAAGCUGCUUAGAUGCAUUUUUUGGUCUCACAGCCACUGGUUUGCACAGGUACAUUCAGGAUCCCAGUGAAAUACCAGAAACUCUGGGCAGUGAUACAACUCAAAACCUAUUAACUAAAGCAGUGGAAACUUGCUUUGUCGGACAAAACUUUGUUUUUGGAGUGACGAAUUUUGAAAACCAGCAUGGAAAAGGUUCAGGUUCCAGUAACUUCUCAGAGCAGUGCUCAGACCACAAGAGAGUAGUUAAAGCACUUGUAGCUUGCCAGAUCAUUCCACCAGACCCAAGUGUUGUAGGCUUCACUGUCAUUGACUAUUUCCGUCGGCUUUUGAAGCUUUCUGCUGCCAGGAAACUUCGCUGUGGCUCCCAGACACCUAAUAGCCACUUACUUGCUUUAGAAAGUUCGAAUAGCGAUCUCAGCAGCUUAUGUGGCCCUGACAGCAGUUCUUGUUUUGAGCCCCAUGACAAAGAUUAUUUUCCAGGAUUCUGGCAGCUAUCACUAGAACUCACUUCUGUUGUUUCACAACUAACAGAUGAUGGUUUUUCAGCUUCGGAACAAAGCAAGGCCAUUGGUACUCUUCACCAGAACAGAAAGUGCAUCUCUGCAGAGGCCACUGGUUCCAAUAGCUGCCUUGAUACCAUUCAGGGUUCAUGGAGCCGUGUUUCACAUAUGGACAAAAAGAGUUCAGCACUAAAGUUAGAUGAAGAACCUGGCCUACAGGCUAAUCAGCCAAGUGCAAUUCAUAGCAAUCAUCAUGAAAUUGGAGUUCCUGACUCUAAUUUAUUCCCUAUGAAAGUACAGGAGCGAUUUGAACCAAGGAAUACAAAAUCCUUCCACAGUGCAGUGGAAGUUACAUAUUCUCAGCAUGAGAUAACAUGUCACCAGAAUCAGGAGGUAGAUACCCUCCCUAGCUUUCAGCAGAGAUGUAUGUGUUAUCCAUCUUCAUCACUCAGGCUUGAGGAAAUAGCCAGUGGUUCCCAGGACUGUGACCUUGAGAUCUGGGAUGACCUGCCACUCUCUGAAAGCCUAAACAAAUUUCUGGCAGCUAUCGAAAGUGAAAUCGCUGUAAACCAGACAGAUGCCAGCCGCAGGAAAUGUCGUCUAGAUAAUGACAUCAGUAAACUGCAUGUGGACCACAGCAGCUUAUCAUUGACUCCACAAAGAACCCCUGGAGCCUUGCAUACACCACGUAUAGCCUUACGGUCACCACCAGGAACAGUCAGAGCAAACUCCAGCAGAGAGAACUUCCUUUCCAACCAUGAAGCAAAUCCAAGUCCUAGCAUUCAUAAGGAAUCACAGCCAGAGAACAGAGCAGAGGCUCUCUCUUUUAGUGGUAAUAAAAGAGAUAUUUCUGAACAUUCUCUACCAAAUGUUCAUCUGUCAGCUCUGUUUCCAUCUUCAAAAGGCUCAGGCACAACAGUUGCUCUUAAGUCUACGAGAAUUCUACCAUGUGAGACUGAAAUUUCAUGUAAGCACAAUACUUCAGAGGCUGACCAUUCUUGUCUCAGCAGCAAAUAUAAUAAUGGAUGUGGAGAAAAAUCACUUUCAGAAAUGAGUGAAAAGUUGACAACUUUGCAUUCUAGGAGGUAUAAUGUUGUUUCCAACUUUCCCAGCUUAGAAAAUAAACAAUACUGUAGGCAGCCAAAGAAUCAGGGCAACAGUUUGACAAUUUGCAGGAAACUCACAUAUCCUUUAGAAGCUUUUCACAGUACUCCAAAUAGAAGUAUGAAUAUAUUGAGAGAAAUGCUUUAUGAACACACUGGUAAUAACCUAACACAGAACUGUUCUACUGGUCAUGAAGGCAGUUACAAUGCUUCUGUGGAUCUCUUUGAUGAUAGUCCUAAAGAGAUGGACAUUGUAACAGAAAUGACCCAAAGGUCACAGGAUAUUUUCUUACAGUGGGGAAAGUCUUUGGCAGAAAGUCAUCAUACAGAAUCUGAUUUUUCACGGAGAUCACUUUCUGAAAACUCCAGCCAGUCAUCACAAAAAUUAUCCUUGCAAAACACAUCUGCCUCUCUCUAUCCAAGAACCUGUCCCUCUCCACCUCAUUUUCACUCAGAUUCAGAAUAUGAUUUUGAAUAUAGCCAAGACUUUGUUCCAUGUUCACAGUCAACUCCAGUUACUAGAUUCCAUCAAAGUAGGAUUCAUGGGCUGAAAGGAGCUUUCCAAAAAUUACCUGCCUUUUAUUUGGACCUUGAUGCCAACUAUAAAAAAACAAGGAUUUCCUCUGCAAAGGACGCACAGCAGGCCACCCCUGUCUGUCCAAAAAAUAUAAAGACACCUGGCCAGAAAUCCAGAAGCCCUACUAUAUCUGGUAUUACACCACCAGAGGUCUCCAACAACCAUCCUGUCACUGAGUGCCUUGAAACUGACGCUGACGAGUGGGUCCCUCCUACCACACAAAAAGUGUUUCCUUCAGAUAUGCUUGGAUUCCGGGCCACGGGUCUAAAGAAAUGCCAUGCUGCUUAUAAUUCUCCUGAUCAAAAUGAGUUACCAAGAAAAAAACUGAAAUAUGGCAAGCAAAGAACUGGUAAAUGCUUAAUUAAGAAGGAGUUAAAUUUAAAGACUAUGCUUACAGCAGCAGUUAUAAAACAGAAAACUCCUGACUGUAACAAUAUAAGGUCAGGCUGGAUUUCUAAAGAGUCAGUUUUGGGACGUGGUUCUUGUGCGGAAGUCAUAUGUUGCCUUCCAUUUUCAGAAAAUUGGUCACCUUCAGCACCUGAAACUAAAAGUGCAUGGUCUCCUGAACUGUUCUCACAAAAUGUCAUCUAAACCCAAUUUCUGAGCUUUUACAGGCUACAGUUACUGCAUUCCUAAACUGUGAUCUCUUAGCCACACCCAGGAAGAAUAAUCCAGAGGUACAUGGGUGAAGCAAGAAGAGUAGUUUCAUUUGUGCAAGGAAUGUCCAUUUCUCCACCAGCAAGGCUUAAGCCCAAGCCUAGAGAGCAAAAUGUCACUGUCAGUUAGAAAUGAGAGGACACAGACUGGAAGAGCCAGUUGGCAUAGCAGAGCGACAGUCUUGAAAGGCUUCAGGUAAGAUGGCCUGUCCUGACACACAGCGCAGAACCUGCAGAGAGGGUAGAGUGAUCUCCUUGGUGCUAGUGAUGGGAGGUGGACAGAGUUAAGAACAAUGUCCCCAACCUCACAAAUCUGGGGUCUGUAGACCAGAGACAGUACAGGAGUUGGAAAACACAGACCAAUGGGAGCCAAAGCACAGGCCACAUAACUCAAUUUCAAGGUUAAAGUCCUGUUUCAUUGCUAUUAAAGCUUUUUUCCCUGAAAUCUAAUUAUUAAGGUACUACAUUAACUUUGUCUUUGUUCAUAUUUGUGAGAGGUGGUUUUUUUGUUUUGUUUUAAAUCUUUCUGUAUCUUUAUGUUUUAGAAAUGAGUUGGGUUUUCUUUUAUUGUCCAGUUUGACAAUCUUUGUCCUCUACCUGGAAUAUUUCCUUUCUUUUUCAAUGGUUUGGUAGCCCAAAGCCCUGAAUUCAUCCUGUGUCCAAUAUGAGAGUCACCUAAAAGCACUAUUCUGGCAGCUCAGUCUCAUACUAUUGUGUGAAAGAAAUACUGCUUCAGCCAGUAGAAAUGUUCCACUCCAGACCCAAGGGACUAGGGUAGGGUCCCUUCUUACUCAGGUCUUAGAGGUACUGUCUGAUCAUCCCCUUAUAUCAUGCUUGACUCCUUCCGUAUCUGCCUACCUUUUAAGAGAUGAUGGCUCUUAGUAUUCUAUUAUUGGCCCUUCUACUCUUUGGUUGACUCUUUCCACUCAUGUACAGUUACCACUCACAAGCUGUUGAAUUCAAAGUCUUACCUUUUAUCUAGACUUUCUCCUGAGGCCAAACUUGUAUGUUAGUUUUUUUAUCAUUCAAUUCAAAAUGUUUUAUGAUUUCCAUGAGUUCAUUGACCCCAUGGGGUGUUUGUUUUUUUUUGUUUUGUUUUUUUGUUUUUUUACAAAUAGUGUUUAUUUCCAACUGACUUCUUUAUCUGUGUCUAAUCUACUUUUCUACCUAUCUGUUGAGUUUUUCUUUCAAAAAUUAUGUAUUUUAUAAAAGCUGGAUUUUCAAAUUUACUGUAUCACAUCUUACUUUUUCUCUAGACAUUUUUAACUUUGCCUGCUACUGCUUUAAACACAGUAAGCAUAGUUGAUUUAUAUUCUGGUUUUGACAGUCUGAAUAAA